AUGCUGAUUUAUCUCGAGAGCCUUGCGCAUCGCAUGGGGAAUGUUUCAGAGACUCCUAUGCCAUCGAGUAAACAUCCAGACUUUUUCUGCAUGUUUAAAGCUGUCUUGGAGAUUAUGAUAUCUACAUAUGUGCCGCCAUCCAGUGGCUCCAGAGAUAGUGAUAUUGCACCUGGUGACUUCUAUGUGACGCAAGAAUUGUCCCGCGAACCUCAAGACCCAGAACCGGAGACUUGGACUCCAGGCUCCAAUGCUAGUCGCUGCCCUGUGUUGAAUGGUACUCUCCAAGACACGGACUUUUGGCGAGCUUUGGAACAGAAUGACCCUGUCACUGAAGAAAAUGUGGGUGGUACGACUGCAGACCUACAAGGCGAUGGCUUUGGUCAAAGAAAUGAGGCCACUACGUCUGAUCCCUGGCUGGAAUGGCCAAGUAUCCUCUCAGACUGGGUACUUGACCCUGACCACGUACCCACAUAA